GGUGGCAUCUCUAGGCGCGAGAUUUCUGAAAGUUUACUGGCCACUGCAGUAAAGUAGUCGCAGCUGAAUCGCCAAACGACUGCCUCGGACGUCAGCUGGGAACUUCGGCAACUUGGUUGCGUUUGCAGUAGCUAGGUGGUUGCCACUCUACCUCUAAAGAUGCCUCGAAUUAAGAAAACAAAGCCACGCCAGUCCUCCCUGCUCCCAGGAACAGCUCUUGGUGUCGACCAGAUCAAGUACCUGAAAUGUAUGGUCACAGAGCUAGAAUGCGCUUUGGAGAGUUCUCGUGUGAGUAUGCAAGAGAAGGUGAACCGCAUCUGUCGCAACGUCGACUUGUGGUACGACAGAAUCAUUCGCACGGUGCCCGAGGACAUUCUGAAGCGGCCCUUCAGAGAAGUGUGGGACACCGCUGUGCCCAUUACUAACGUCUCAUCUGCCACCACAUCACUGUCUACUGCAAGCGUGUGUUCAGCAGACACUGAAACAUCUUUGGGCACAAAGCCCUUGACUGCCACACGGCUGCGGUCGAAACAAGUUGUUGCAAGUGCAAAGGCAAAGAGGGCAGCCAGCCAGUGCCGUUCUGCAAACUCGAAGAAGAAAGCAUCGGACGAGGCACCCGGUGUACCAAAGUCUGCCAAGAAGGCUCGGAAAGUGAGCAUGCGCACACCAGUCGUGCACACCCGUACAACCACAGGACUGCCCAUUGUAACGCCGAAAUUUGACAUUCGUAAGCGGCCGGCCACAGUGCGGCCAGCGCGGCGAGGCGAGACGUUGCUGUCGCUCUCGGGCAGUCCCGUGGAAGCAAAGCCAUCAGCUGUUCCCAUUCACAUCCACAUCAACAAUGGCCAGGUGGUGAAGGUUGUGGCUAGCAAUGCAGGGGACCCAUCACUCAAAGAGCUGUGCAAAGCUGUCAAGAAUCUGUGUGACAAGAUGUGAAGAUGCAAUGCAGGAACGUGCAUUUGACAUAAGGCCGUGCCAACAUUUUUUCACAAUCUCCUUUACAUUUUUUUACUUGUACAGAAGGUGGCAGUUUUUUUAACUAUCCUUAUUUUAUCUCCUUGACUGCCAUAACUUGGACAUGUCCUGUAUAGCGUGCGAGUAAAAUAAAGCUUACAUA